AUGUUGGAAGGUCUUGUAGCCUGGGUUCUCAAUACCUAUUUGGGGAAAUAUGUCAAUAACCUGAACACUGAUCAGCUCUCAGUUGCACUUCUCAAAGGUGCUGUUGAAUUAGAAAACUUGCCAUUAAAGAAAGAUGCCUUGAAAGAACUGGAAUUACCAUUUGAAGUCAAAGCUGGCUUCAUUGGGAAAGCGACCCUUCAAAUUCCCUUUUAUCGCCCCCAUGUGGACCCUUGGGUGAUCUCCAUCUCCAGCCUUCACUUAAUUGGAGCCCCAGAAAAAAUUCAGGAUUUCAAUGACGAAAAGGAGAAGCUGUUGGAAAGAGAACGCAAGAAAGCACUUCUUCAGGCCUUGGAGGAGAAAUGGAAGAAUGAACGCCAGCAGAAAGGGGAAUCCUACUGGUAUUCAGUUACUGCCUCGGUAGUUACAAGAAUUGUGGAGAAUAUUGAAUUAAAAAUUCAAGAUGUCCAUUUACGCUUUGAAGAUGGUAUUACCGAUCCUUCCCAUCCUUUUGCGUUUGGCAUCUGCAUUAAGAAUGUGUCCAUGCAAAAUGCUGUGAAUGAGCCUGUACAGAAACUAAUGAGGAAAAAGCAAUUGGAUGUGGCAGAGUUUAGCAUCUAUUGGGAUGUCGAUUGCACUUUAUUGGGGGAUUUGCCUCAGGUCGAGUUACAGGAGGCGAUGGCCAGGAACAUGGAAAGCCGCAGUCAUCACUAUGUCUUGGAGCCUGUGUGCGCAUCUGCUCUUUUGAAGAGAAACUGCUCCAAGGAGCCUCUGAGGUCUCGGCACAGUCCCCGCAUUGAAUGUGAUAUUCAGCUGGAGACCAUUCCCUUGAAACUCUCUCAGCUGCAAUACCGGCAAAUCAUGGAAUUCCUCAAGGAGCUGGAACGAAAGGAGAGGCAGGUGAAGUUCCGAAAGUGGAAACCAAAAGUGGCAGUAUCCAAGAACUGCCGAGAAUGGUGGUAUUUUGCUUUGAAUGCUAAUUUGUUUGAGAUCAGAGAGCAGAGGAAAUGUUGUACCUGGGACUUUUUGUUGCACCGUGCCCGUGAUGCUGUAUCUUACACUGACAAAUAUUUCAACAAGUUAAAAGGAGGCUUGCUGUCUGAAGAUGACAGGGAGGAACUGUGUCGGAUUGAAGAGGAACAGACCUUUGAGGAAUUGAAGAUUUUGCGAGAACUGGUUCAUAAUCGAUUUUACAAACAAGAAGAGCUAGCAGAGAGUAUACGAGAGCCUCAAUUUGAUUCUCCACGCGACUCUCCUGGAGACCCAGAAACCAGAGGAGGCAGUGGGAUGCUGCAGUACCUUCAGUCCUGGUUUCCUGGAUGGGGUGGCUGGUAUGGGCAGCAGAGCCCUGAAGGGAAAGCGGUCGAGGGCUUAUCAGCAGAGCAGCACGAGCAGUGGACUCCGGAAGAGAUCCUGGGCACCGAGGAGUUCUUUGACCCUACUGCAGAUGCCUCGUAUAUGAACACGUAUACAAAGCGAGAUCAUGUCUUUGCCAAACUGAAUUUACAGUUGCAGCGAGGUACAGUGACUCUGUUACACAAGGAGCAAGGAACUCCUCAAAUGAAUGAAAGUGCUUUCAUGCAGCUCGAAUUUUCAGAUGUAAAACUUCUAGCGGAAUCUCUUCCUCGAAGAAAUUCCUCCUUGCUUUUAAUUCGGUUGGGUGGACUGUUCCUUCGAGACCUGGCAACAGAAGGGACUAUGUUUCCUCUUCUAGUCUUCCCUAAUCCACAAAAAGAAGUUGGCAGAGUUUCACAGUCUUUUGGCCUCCAAACCACAUCUGCAGACAGAAGUGAUGAUUAUGCUGCUGCAGAACGAGAUGACCCAGUUUUUGAGAUGCUAUAUGAGAGAAAUCCGGUGCACAGCCAUUUUGAGAGGCGGCUGAAUGUCAGCACGAGGCCCUUGAACAUCAUCUAUAAUCCCCAGGCGAUUAAAAAAGUAGCAGACUUUUUCUACAAGGGAAAGGUUCAUACCUCAGGUUUUGGUUAUCAGUCUGAACUUGAGCUGAGAGUGGCUGAAGCUGCCCGAAGACAAUACAACAGAUUGAAGAUGCAGACCAAGGCAGAAAUCCGACAAACUCUGGAUCGUUUGCUAGUGGGUGAUUUCAUUGAGGAGAGUAAACGGUGGACUGUGCGACUAGAUAUUUCUGCUCCUCAGGUGAUAUUUCCUGAUGAUUUCAAAUUCAAGAAUCCUGUGUUAGUUGUUGUGGAUCUAGGAAGAAUGCUGUUGACGAAUACCCAAGAUGGCUUCAAGAGGAAAAGUGGGGAUGGGUCAGCCUCUGAAGAGAAUCAGUUUAGUGAUGAUGAAUAUAAGACCCCUCUUGCCACACCUCCUAAUACCCCACCUCUGGAGACAAGCAGCAGUAAUGGAGAGAAAUCACCUCCAUUUUCUGGAGUUGAAUUCAGUGAAGAACAGCUUCAAGCACAUUUAAUGAGCACAAAGAUGUAUGAAAGGUACUCCCUGUCAUUUAUGGACCUCCAGAUUAUGGUUGGACGAGUGAAAGACAAUUGGAAGCAUGUCCAGGAUAUUGAUGUAGGACCAACCCAUGUGGUAGAGAAAUUCAAUGUUCAUCUACAGUUAGAACGUCGAUUGAUUUAUACUUCAGAUCCCAAAUACCCAGGAGCUGUGCUCUCAGGCAACUUACCAGACUUAAAAAUCCACAUCAAUGAAGAUAAAAUAUCUGCCCUAAAGAAUUGCUUUGCUCUCCUCACUACCCCAGAAAUGAAGACUUCUGACACUCAGAUUAAAGAGAAGAUUUUUUCCCAAGAGGAACAGCGGGGAAGUUUGCAAGACUCAGUAAUGAAUUUAACCCAGAGCAUCGUGAUGUUGGAACAGCAUACCCGGGAAGUUCUGGUGGAGUCGCAGCUCCUCCUGGCUGAAUUUAAAGUUAACUGUAUGCAGCUUGGUGUUGAGAGCAAUGGCCGGUAUAUUUCUGUGCUCAAGGUAUUUGGUACCAACGCUCACUUUGUGAAGAGGCCUUAUGAUGCUGAAGUUUCCCUAACUGUUCAUGGUUUGCUUCUGGUAGACACCAUGCAGACGUAUGGUGCUGAUUUUGACCUUUUGAUGGCUUCACAUAAGAACUUGAGUUUUGAUAUUCCAACAGGAAGCCUCCGGGACAGCAGGGCCCAGUCUCCUGUCUCUGGACCCAAUGUAGCCCACAUAACUAGUGCAGUCACCCUGAAUGACCAAUCAGCUACUAGUGUUUCAUUUGAUAGAAUUCUCACCAAAGAACAAGAGUCCCUCAUUAAAUUGGAAUACCAAUUUGUGAGUUCAGAGUGCCCAUCAAUGAAUUUAGACAGCACUCUUCAGGUGAUUUCAUUACAGGUAAAUAAUUUGGAUAUUAUUCUAAAUCCAGAGACAAUUGUGGAGCUGAUUGGUUUUCUUCAAAAAUCCUUCCCCAAGGAAAAAGAUGAUUUGAGUCCUCAACCUUUAAUGACUGAUUUUGAAAGAAACUUCAUAGAACAAGGAACUUAUCAGUCCACAUAUGAACAAAACACUGAGGUUGCAGUGGAAAUCCAUAGACUUAACUUAUUGCUCCUUCGGACAGUGGGAAUGGCAAAUGGAGAGAAAUAUGGCAGAAAAAUUGCAACUGCAAGUAUAGGUGGCACCAAAGUGAAUGUCUCAAUGGGUAGCACGUUUGACAUGAAUGGUUCUCUUGGCUGUUUGCAGCUUAUGGAUUUGACACAAGAUAAUGUUAAAAACCAAUAUGUUGUCAGCAUUGGGAAUUCCACAGGCUAUGAAAAUGUCAUCAGUGAUAUUGGCUACUUUGAAUCUAUAUUUGUCAGAAUGGAAGAUGCAGCCCUCACUGAAGCUUUGAGUUUCACUUUUGUUGAGAAGUCUAAACAGGAGUGUUUUCUCAACCUAAAGAUGGCUUCCUUGCAUUAUAACCACUCUGCUAAAUUUUUGAAGGAGUUGACAUUAUCCAUGGAUGAACUGGAAGAAAAUUUUCGGAGUAUGCUGAAAAGUGCGGCCACCAAAGUCACCACAGUACUAGCUACCAAGACUGCUGAGUACAGUGAGAUGGUAUCACUCUUUGAAACUCCAAGGAAGACACGGGAACCUUUUAUCUUAGAGGAAAAUGACAUAUGUGGGUUUGACCUAGCUUCCUCUCAUUCAGACACUGUAAAGCUAAUCUUGAAUGUAAACAUUGAAUCACCAGUUGUUUCUAUCCCUCGGAAGCCUGGGAGCCCUGAACUGUUGGUAGGACACUUGGGACAGAUAUUCAUCCAAAAUUUUGUGGCAGGGGAUGAUGAAUCCAGAAGUGACCGUCUGCAGGUGGAAAUCAAAGACAUUAAACUAUAUUCUUUGAAUUGCACCCAGUUGGCAGGCAGAGAAAGUACUGGAUCUGAAGUAAGCCGGGCAUUUUGCCCACCCUCUGGGUCUGCCAGUGCCAAUAGUCAGGAGGAAGCUCAUUUUACCCGACAUGAUUUCUUUGAAUCUUUGCAUAGAGGUCAAGCUUUUCACAUCCUGAACAACACUACCAUUCAGUUUAAACUGGAGAAGAUCCCUAUAGAGAGAGAAUCUGAAUUGACUUUCUCUCUUAGUCCAGAUGACCUGGAAACUUCUAGCAUCAUGAAGAUCGAAGGAAAAUUCGUCAAUCCAGUUCAGGUGGUGUUAGCAAAACAUGUGUAUGAGCAGGUUUUACAGACACUGGACAAUCUUGUGUGUAGUGAAGAUCUGAACAAGUUUCCAGCCAGCACUACCUCCUCCCCUUGCCCUAAUUCUCCUCUGCCCUCCCUCAGUGGCUGUGGAGAGCCUUCUGUUGAAAGGAAGGAGAAUGGACUGUUCAGCCACUCCAGCCUUUCUAACGCUUCUCAAAAGUCCCUGCCUUUGAAGGAAACCAAAUCCUUUACUCAAAUUCAAGCCAACUUUUGUAUAUCAGAGCUUCAAGUUCAGCUAAGUGGAGAUUUGACUUUGGGGGCCCAGGGUCUUGUGAGCUUAAAGUUUCAGGAUUUUGAAGUGGAAUUCAGUAAGGACCAUCCUCAGACUUUAUCUGUUCAGAUUGCCCUGCGCUCUCUGCUGAUGGAAGACUUAUUGGAGAAAAAUCCAGAUUCCAAAUAUAAGAACCUGAUGGUGUCUCGAGGAGCUCCUAAGCCAUCUAGUUUAGCCCCAAAAGAGUAUCUUUCUCAGUCUUGCCCUUCAGUAUCCAAUGUGGAAUAUCCCGAUAUGCCUCGGUCUCUCCCUUCCCACAUGGAAGAAGCUCCUAAUGUCUUUCAGUUAUAUCAGAGACCCACCACCUCUGCAUCCCGGAAAAAGCAAAAGGAAGUCCAAGACAAGGACUAUCCUUUGACCCCACCUCCUUCUCCAUCAGUAGAUGAGCCCAAGAUACAUGCUGGAAAGAGUAAAUUUGAUGAUUCUUUGGUCCACAUCAAUAUAUUCUUGGUGGAUAAGAAACAUCCAGAAUUCUCUUCGAGUUACAAUCGAGUUAAUCGGAGCAUAGAUGUUGAUUUUAACUGCUUGGAUGUGUUGAUUACACUGCAAACCUGGGUCGUGAUAUUAGAUUUUUUUGGAAUUGGUUCCACUGCAGACAACCAUGCAAUGAAAGUGCUGCCUGAGGACAUUCUACAGAACGUGAAGUCAGAAUCACAUGCUUUAAUGGAGUCUGAACUUCAGGAUCCAGUUAACACCAAGCUGGAUCUCAAGGUUCAUUCACUCUCUCUCGUGCUGAAUAAGACUACCAGUGAGCUUGCCAAAGCAAAUGUGUCCAAAUUAGUAGUGCACCUGGAAAUGAUUGAAGCGGACCUGGCUUUACAGGGAAGCAUUGGAAGUCUGUCUCUAAUUGACCUUACAUCCCAUGGAGAGUUCUACAGAGAACGAUUCACUACAAGUGGAGAGGAAGCACUCAUCUUUCAGACUUUUAAAUAUGGACGGCCCGACCCUCUGCUCCGUAGAGAGCACGACAUUCGAGUGAGCCUCCAAAUGGCCUCUGUGCAGUAUGUACACACGCAGCGCUUUCAGGCUGAAGUGGUAGCCUUCAUCCAGCACUUCACUCAGCUACAAGACGUCCUUGGGCGCCAGCGGGCCGCUGUUGAGGGGCAGACGGUGAGAGAUCAAGCCCAGCGCUAUUCGCGGGUUCUCCUGGAUAUUGAGGCUGGUGCUCCUGUUCUCCUUAUCCCAGAAAGUUCCAGAUCAAAUAAUUUGAUUGUAGCAAAUUUGGGGAAGUUGAAAGUCAAGAACAAGUUUCUCUUUGCCGGUUUUCCUGGGACCUUUUCCUUACAAGAUAAGGAAUCUGUGCCUUUAGCUUCCCCAGCGGGUACUCCCAAACACAGUAUGAGGAAAAUGACAAGCACAGAGGACCCCAAGGGGACCCAUUCCCAGGGGCUGUUCAUGAUGCCUCCUGCUGGAAUGAGUCUGGGCAGCCUGAAGAGUGAGUUUAUGCCCAGUACCUCCACAAAGCAACGAGGGCCACAAGCCACACUGUGUGUCGGCCAAGUUUCCAGUAGUCCAGAAGACCAUGUCUGUCUGCUGGAUUGCAUUGUUGUGGAUCUACAGGACAUGGACAUCUUUGCUGCAGAGAGACAUCCACGAGAGUACUCGAAGGCCUCAGAGGACAGUAGUGGAGAUCUGAUCUUCCCCACCUAUUUUGUGCGACAGACAGGAGGAAGCCUCUUAACUGAGCCUUGUAGGCUGAAAUUGCAGGUGGAAAGGAAUUUGGACAAAGAAAUAAGUCAUACUGUGCCAGAUGUAUCUAUUCAUGGCAAUCUCUCCUCAGUCCACUGCUCCCUGGAUUUGUAUAAAUAUAAACUGAUCCGUGGCUUAUUAGAGAACAACCUUGGAGAGCCCAUAGAGGAAUUUAUGCGGCCUUAUGAUUUACAAGAUCCAAGAAUUCAUACCGUUCUGAGUGGAGAAGUGUACACUUGCAUGUGCUUCCUCAUUGAUAUGGUAAAUGUAAGUCUGGAGCUUAAAGAUCCAAAAGGAAAAGAAGGUGCUGGGUCCCUAGCCAGAUUUGACUUCAAAAAAUGUAAACUGCUCUAUGAAAGUUUUUCCAAUCAAACCAAGUCCAUUAACUUGGUUUCCCAUUCCAUGAUGGCUUUUGACACCCGCUAUGCUGGGCAGAAGACCAGCCCUGGUAUGACAAAUGUAUUCAACUGUAUUUUUCAGCCUUCCAAGAACAGCAGCAGUACCCAAGGAUCCAUUCAGAUUGAACUACAUUGCAGAUCUACGAAGGAUUCCUCCUGUUUUACAGUAGUUCUCAACAAUCUCCGCGUGUUUCUCAUAUUUGACUGGUUAUUGUUAGUCCAUGAUUUUCUCCACACUCCUGGUGAUAUUAAGAAACAAAAUAAUGUUACUCCUUCUCGCCACCAUAACUCUAGCAGUGAAUCUGCUGUAGUUCCCAAAACUGUGAAGAGUGGAAUAGUUACCAAGCGGUCUUCCCUUCCUGUGUCCAAUGAAAGGCACCUGGAGGUCAAGGUCAAUGUAACAGGCACGGAGUUUGUGGUCGUUGAAGACGUGUCCUGCUUCGAUACCAAUGCUAUUAUUUUGAAAGGCACCACAGUACUCACCUAUAAGCCCCGCUUUGUUGAUCGCCCCUUUUCAGGAAGUUUGUUUGGCAUCGAGGUGUUUUCAUGCCGACUGGGGAAUGAGCACGAUACAGCUCUUUCAAUUGUUGAUCCAGUACAAAUUCAAGUGGAGCUGGUAGGAAAUUCUUCUUAUCAGAAUAGUUCAGGAUUGAUGGACGCAUUCAAUAGUGAAGAUUUUCCACCUGUCUUAGAGAUUCAGUUGCAAGCCCUGGAUAUCAGACUCUCCUAUAAUGAUGUUCAGCUGUUUCUUGCCAUUGCAAAAUCCAUCCCAGAGCAAGCUAAUGCCGCAGUGCCGGACUCACUGGCCUUGGAGGCAGGCAGUUACCUUUCAGGUGCACCUCGUGUUGGAGAGGAAAUCAAAGAAGGGACAAGACAUACCUUAGACCCUGUAUUGGAGUUACAACUGGCGAGGCUACAGGAGCUGGGAUUCAGCAUGGAUGAUUGUCGCAAAGCCCUUUUGGUGUGUCAAGGCCAAUUGAAAAAGGCAGCAAGUUGGUUGUUUAAGAAUGCGGAACCUCUGAAGUCUCUUUCCCUGGCCUCUAACAGCCGAGAUAGCCUGGGGGCUAUGCCAGCACCGCUGAUCUCUGGAAUGGAGAUCAAAGCUGAGAGUGUGUGCAUCUGUUUUAUCGACGACUGCAUGGAUUGUGAUGUUCCUCUCGCUGAGCUCACCUUUUCCCGUCUGAAUUUUCUUCAGCAUGUAAGAACUAGCCCUGAAGGCUAUGCUCACUUCACCCUUUCUGGAGAUUAUUAUAACCGUGCUUUGUCAGGCUGGGAGCCAUUUAUUGAGCCAUGGCCAUGCUCUGUAUCCUGGCAACAACAGGCAGCUAGUCGUCUCCAUCCUCCUCGACUGAAGCUGGAAGCCAAGGCCAAACCCCGCUUGGAUAUCAAUAUCACUUCUGUACUAAUUGGCCUUCCCCUUGUCUACCUUAGAACUAGGAGUACAGCCAGUCUGACUAAUCUAGAGCACCAGAUCUAUGCUAGAGAGGUGAAAACCCCCAAGCGCCGGCAGCCAUUUGUCCCCUUUGCUCUGAGGAAUCACACCGGAUGCACUUUGUGGUUUGCCACCCUGACCACCACGCCCACCAGGGCUGCACUGUCUCACAGUGGGAGUCCAGUGGUGGUUCCGGAAGGGAAUGGAACAUUUCUUGAUGAUGCUCACAAUGUUAGUGAAUGGCGAGAAGUUCUCACGGGUGAAGAGAUUCCUUUUGAAUUUGAAGCAAGAGGAAAGUUAAGACACAGACAUACCCACGACCUCCGAAUUCAUCAACUGCAAGUGAGAGUUAAUGGCUGGGAGCAAGUGAGCCCAGUGUCUGUGGAUAAAGUCGGCAUCUUUUUCCGAUAUGCAGCACCAGAUAAAAAUUCAUCUUCCUCUACGAUUGGCAGCCCAAGCAGCAGAACAAAUAUUAUACACCCCCAGGUUUAUUUCUCUUCACUUCCACCUGUCCGGGUGGUCUUCGCGGUGACUAUGGAAGGCAGUGCUCGGAAAGUAAUCACUGUCCGAUCAGCCCUCAUUGUGAGGAACAGACUUGAGACUCCAAUGGAACUAAGGCUGGAUAGCCCAUCAGCUCCAGACAAGCCAGUGGUGCUUCCUGCUGUCAUGCCAGGGGACUCGUUGGCUGUGCCUUUGCACCUCACUUCUUGGCGACUGCAGGCUCGGCCCAAAGGAUUGGGUGUAUUUUUCUGUAAGGCUCCUAUUCAUUGGACCAAUGUAGUGAAGACUACAGAGGUUAGUAGCAGCAAACGAGAGUGCCACUCUAUGGACACGGAAAAAAGCCGAUUCUUCAG